AUGGCAGCGGUUCGGUUUCGGUUCGGAUAUCCGCGGUUUUUGGUUCUGCGGUUUUCGGUUUUGGUUCCAAAUUUCACCCACGGUUUUGCGGUUUCGGGUACCCGAAAGUCUUCGGUUUUGGUGCGGAUCCUAUAUUUCGCCCGUGGUGCUCCGUUGGCCACGCCGCCACCAACAUCCCGACUUAAAAAAAAUGCCGACCGAACUCUUCUCCUCUCCCGACUCCCGUGCGUGACCCCUCCCUCUCCUCGACUGGUGACGGACGGCGGCGCAUUGCCGAGCCGCGAGCGAGGCGCCCCGCAGGCAGCCGCCCGGCAGCCCCGCCCUGAUUUUCACCCAAAACAGUUUUGGUUUUGGUUUUGGUUUUUAAGUUUGGGUUUUGGUUUUGGGUGCCCUGAGGUUCCAUCCGAUCCGAACCCGAACCGCUGCCAUCCUUAA